AUGAUUAAAUAUCUAUUAUUAUUAAUAUAUAUAUCAUUAUAUCCAUCAUUAGUAUAUGGAAGAAUUUGUAUAAUAUGUUCAAGUGAAUCAAAUCCAGCUUGUGCUGAUCCAUUUGAUUCGUCGAAUGCAUCAUUUAUACAAAUAUCUGGUUAUAAUUAUUGUCAAAAAAAUGUUUUUUCAAAUGGUCUUAUAACUCGAUUUGGUGGUUCAACUUGUUCAACAUCAGAUAUUCGUGGUAUAACAACUGUUUAUUGUUGUUCAAAUUUAGACAAUUGUAAUUAUGCCGAAAAACUCAGAUCAUCUUUCUUUAUUAACAUAUCAUUUAUCAUUAGUCUUUCCUUUUUUUAA